UGGAUGAAUUUAGUUUUGAAAUAAACCCUGAAAGUGGUGAGCCUCAAUACAUUCUUUUUAUUGAUGAAGCCAAUCAAGUCAGUGAAAACACUUUUGCAAGAAAAUCGUCAGGUUUAACUUUUCUCAAAGAAUGUAUGGGCAGUGAUAAUUAUAAAAAAAAUGAGAGCCAUAAUUUAUGGAUUAUUGCUACUAACCAUUUAAGCGAGAUCGACGAAGCAGUUUAUCAGCCCGAUAAUAAUUCUUUAAGUGAAGAGGAUAACAACAAUGAAGACAAUAAGAAAAUUAUCAAUGAGGAAAAAGAAACUAGCGAAGAGGGAGAAGAAACGAUAAAGCAAAAAGAUGUAGUAGUCCAAGCAAGUAAUCAUAUCAGUAAAGCCUUAGAUACUCGCUUAAAGGAACUUGACAAAAACAUUACUGAAAUAAAAGAGGAAGUGCAAAUAGCCAAUAAUGUUUUCAAUGAAAAUUUUAACAAUGCAGUUGAACAAAUAGCCGAAAUAAAUCAAUACGAAAAUAAACUCUCUGGUCUAAUUCAGCAACUAGCCGAAUUAAAGAAAUCAGAGAGUGUCGGUUAUGUCUGUAAAAAAGGACAUGAUGCCUACAAGCAAAGCCAAAAGUCUAAAAGAGAAAAAUAUGCUCUUAAAAGCAAAUCCUUAGAAGCAGCAAGGGAAGAUAAUAAAAGAUUAGAUGCUCGCGAUAAAGAAAUAGAUAAGGAAUUAAAUCAAGAAGAGCAAAAAGAAAAGCAACUAGAAAAAGAAGCAAUUGAUAUAAAAAAAGAAUUAGAUGAUCCCAAUAUUUCCAAGGAAAGAGAAUCUGAAUUAAGGG